UUUCCGUUUCCGCUCUCUCUGUGGAAGUUAGGCAGAGAGUUCAGCUGUAUGCAGUCCCAGGUAUGCUGUCUAGCAGAGAAUAGAAGAGGACUUGUUAUGAAUCUGACUAAUGUAAACCUCUCAAAUGUAAAAAAGACUUCUAUAUACAUGUAUCAACAAUAAUAGACCCAUUCAUAUAGAAAACACAUCACUCCAUGCACUUCUCAGAGGCUUAGAUAUUGAAGGUCUGAAAAGUUAUCCAAAAUGAUCACUGGAACUUUGAUAUGUGCAAGAUGCAGAGUAUUGAAGCAAGUCUUAGAACAUAAUAGAUUACAAUUGCGGACUCUCUCAGCUGUAUAUCAGACACAAUAUGAUAAUCAACAUUAUAACGAGCCAAAGGUAAUGUCAUUGCGUAACUUGAACACUAUAUGUAUAAAGAGUGGAUUCAAUAUCACUGCUGUUAUGCACUCGAGUUGUAUAUUUCGCUGUACACCCGCCAGGAUGUUCCACAUGGGUCGUAUUUUACAUAGAGUUCAUAGGGACCAUGGAAAAGAAACAACAGAGCUUGAUCAAAGCAAUGAAAAUUUAGAAGAUGAAUUAAGUUCAAGUCACCUGUCAGAGCUUGAUGAUCACUAUCUGCUACCUGAGAAUGGACAUAAUGUUUUUAUAGUGCAACCAGAUUUAAAAGGCAAGUUACGACAGAGGGAUGGCAGUAACAUUGAGUUAAAAUUACAAGAGGCUAUUGCUUUAGUGGAUUCACUUCCUAAAUGGUCAGUCCAGGCAACAGAGACAGUGUCAAUAAAGGAGUCUGGUAAAAAAGAGUUCUUCACUAAAGGGAACUUUGCUGCUAUAUCACGACAAAUAAGGCGAACAGCAAACAUCACAGCAGUAUUUGUAAACACCAAUAAACUGGAAGGAUUACAAUUGUCUUUAUUACAAAAGGCAUGGGGCCUUCCAGUUUAUGAUAGGUUUACAGUAGUUCUGCAGAUAUUCAAGGAUCAUGCAAGAACCAAAGAGGCUAAACUUCAGGUGGCAUUAGCAGAAAUACCAUACUUCAGGUCCAGGUUAAAGGGUAUGCAUGCUGGUACAUUAGAUCAGCAGAAAGGAGGCUUGGCCCAUUUAGGAGGCUCUGGAGAAACUUGGAUUGAACUACGCAAACGUCUACUUGAGGAAAGAGGGAUUAAAAUAAAACGAGAUCUUGCUGUUUUGAAGUCAAAGCGCCAUCUUUUGAAGAAAUCGAGAACAAAGAAGGAAAUUCCAAUUGUUGCAGUGGUUGGUUACACAAAUGCAGGUAAAACUAGUCUUAUCAAAGUGCUCACAAAUGAAGCUGCUCUCCAGCCCAGGGAUCAAUUAUUUGCCACAUUAGAUGUCACAGCCCAUGCAGGGUUCCUGCCAAGCCACCUAUCUGUAUUAUAUAUUGACACGGUUGGGUUCAUAUCUGAUAUACCCACCAGCCUGAUUGCUUCAUUUAGUGCUACCCUAGAGGACAUCAGAGAAGCAGAUGUCAUAAUACAUGUUCGGGACAUAAGUCACCCUGACACGGAUGGGCAGAAGCUGAAUGUUAUACAGACCCUUGAGUCCCUAGAAUUACCUAAACAUCUCUUGGACAACAUGAUUGAAGUGUGCAAUAAAUCUGAUCUAAAUCACAGCUCACAUGAAGGUGGUGGCAUAUGUACAUCUGCAGUGACUGGGCAAGGCAUUGAUGAUUUGAAGCUGACACUAGAGGACACUGUUAUAACUGCCACUGGCUCUAUGAAGAAGUCCUUUAAGGUACCAAUGUCAGGUGAUCAUCUUAGAUGGUUGUACAAAGAGGCAACAGUCGUAUCAACGGAUCAGUGUGACAGUGCAGAACAUUUACUUGUGCAUUGUAUUAUUAGCCAAUCAGCAUACGGCAGAUUUAGGGCAGUUUUCGGGAAGAAAAAACAAGAACCUUCUUGAUCAUUACUUGACCUUUUGGCUCACAUUUGUGCCUGUGGAACCUCCUUUCCAUCCAUCUCUAGAUGCGCUACAUCAACAAUUUUUGGAGAUAGGAAGAUUCCAGUAAUCUAGAACUUGUGCUCAUAUUUUAAUUGGGGUCCAGGCUAGUAAUUUACAUCAGUGACCCUUACUUUUGCCUUGUUUUAGAGAAAUCUGCUUUUUUCAUCAAAAUAUUACCUGUUUGACAUAUUCCAAAUCAGAUAAUAUACAAAUAAUCAGUAUCAGUUCUAUCGAGAUGAAUUUUCUCCAAUAAGCCGGAUGCCAAGGGAAGUAUUGAACUUGUGAAAGAUGUACAGGUAUU